AUGAAACCAGCAGACCAGAUUUCAGUUCAGCAGACUAGGAAUUCAUUCAGUGUUCUCCAAGAGCAACAGAAGGUUUUGAUUGUCUCAUCUCAGAAUUCAGACUUGAAUGGAGUUCUGCAACAUACUGAGUUGGAAUGUGAUUUUAAUGUUGUUUUUGACCCUAGUGACAGAAUGGGUGGGAGGCUAAUUUCGGUGAAAGAAUUAGAGGAUGCUAGGCAGUGGCUUAGCCUUGGAUUGGUAGAUGAAUUGAAGAUAAUGGGCUCUUACUAUACAUGGUCUAACAAUCAGGAAGGGGGGAACCGAAUUUACUCUAAGUUGAAUAAGAAGCUUAUUCGUCUCAAACAUGUGUUGAAGAAAUUUAAUUGGAGAGUUAUGGGGGAUGUGGUUUGUAACUAUGAGAAAAGUAAAGCUUUAUUUCUUCAGGCCAAAUCUAAUCUCUUCAAUGAUCCAAAUAAUAGUUGUUUGUGUACUGAAGAAAGAGAAGCUUUUCUGGAGUUUAAGAGGAAGGAGAAACUCUAUGCCCAUUUUCUUUCUCAAAAGAGAAAAAUUGAUUGGCUUCGUUUUGGUGAUGAAAAUUCCUCUUUUUUUCAUGCUAGUUUGAAGAAAAGGAAAAUAGCUAAUAGGAUUGUGUCUUUUAUAGGUGCAGAAGGUCGGGUUGAGGAUAAUUAUCAUAAGUUGGACAGCACUGAUACCAUAGUGAGCGAGAAGGAAGCCUUUGGAAAUAUUAACUCGGCUAGAGGUUUUGCGGUUGUGGAUAAUAUCAAAACUGCCUUGGAGAAUGCUUGUCCUGGUGUUGUCUCUUGUGCUGAUAUUUUAGCCAUCGCAGCUGAAGAAUCUGUCCUCUUGUCAGGAGGCCCUGCAUGGUUUCCCCUAUUAGGAAGGAGGGAUAGCUUAAUAGCGAAUGUAACUCUUGCCAAUGAAAACCUUCCAGCUCCAUUUGAGACUCUUGACCAACUCAAAGAAAAGUUCUCUAGACAAGGCCUUGACUCCACCGAUCUGGUUGCACUCUCCGGGGCCCACACAUUUGGACGGGCCAAGUGUCAAACAUUCAACUUCAGACUGUACAACUUCAGCGGGACAAACAAUCCUGACCCAACGCUGAACACAACCCUCUUAGAUGUACUAAGAAAGUUAUGUCCUCAGGGUGGCAACGACAGUGUCAUCACUGAUCUCGAUCCUGUGACUCCAAAUACUUUCGAUAACAAGUACUUCUCCAAUCUCCAGUCCGAGAAUGGAGUUCUCCAAACUGAUCAAGAAUUGUUCUCAACCACUGGAGUCGACACUGUUGAUAUUGUCAACGCUUUCAGCGCCGACGAAAGAAUUUUCUUCGGCAACUUUGUGGUGUCAAUGAUCAAGAUGGGGAAUAUUAACGUCUCGACUGGCUCACAAGGAGAGAAUAGGUCAAACUGCCGAAGGGUCAAUGCAUAUAUAAGUGGUUUAUCAUCAAGUACUGGUGGUUUGGUUGCUCAGUAUUGA